AUGGACCUUACAUCAAGACAGAAAGCAGCUGUACGACGACAUUUAUGGAAGAGAAAACGAGGAAAAGAUGGAGUCAUGCGGUGGGUACGGAUUGAUGCACAAUAUACGCGUGAGAAUUAUGAUGAAGACAAGACGAGAAACAUCAAUCAUAGUAACAAGGAUAAGAGAAAUGAGACCAUGUAUCGUGGUCUCAGUACACCUUCCAAUGGAACAGCAAUAUUAGGAGGUGAUGCGUAUGUACGUACGUCAAAUACAAGUUGCGUCUCAUCCACGUCGUCCUUGAGAGAAGAUAAUGAGAAUAUUGCACUAGCGUUGAGAGAUUUUGGUGUCCCAGAGGAUGGAGAAUAUCACCCAAACAGCUCAUUUCUGUCGACGAAUGACUUGGGUCGUCCAUCAUUCCAGCCGCUCCGUGCUACGGCACUAAAAUGUCUUGAAGAAGCAGAAGAACGACCGACGAUGGCAUUUUACUCACAGCAAAAUCCAUUUAACCCGGCAAAUAGUAGUGUGAAACCGUUUAACCCCAAUGGCAAUAACAACAGGAACCCAUUCCCUGGUAUUAAUGUCAACCAGUUACCUCCUACUCGCGGUCUUGCUAGUUCUCGUAGCUUGAUACACAUUGAUGAGAACAGGGAGGGUACAAUGGAUAUAGGCUCAAUACCUAAGAUUACUGGACCAAAUGGAAGUGAAGACCGUCGAUUUAUGGAAAUGAAUGAUACAAUCAUGUCGAAUGUAUCUACAGGGUAUGUGCGGCAUGAGGACGGUGAUGGCGGGUACGAGUGGACCCCUGCAGGAACAGUGAUUGCUUUUACGGAGAACUGUCGUCGAAUGGACUGCGAAGAUGAUCUUGAGGAGGUCGCCUCGCUUACUUUUCAGGACAAGAACCGUUGGUUCCUCGAGCAGGUGCAGAAGCGCUGGCGAAGCUAUGAGGAAGGUCACAUUCAGUUUGUCGUGAGACGAGAACAUUUGGUAAGCGAUUCGCUGGAACAGAUGCUGAAGUGUCCGCCUAGUCGAUUCUGGGAGCGCUUGCGCAUUUACUUUGAGAAUGAGCCUGGUCUAGAUGCUGGUGGUUUGAUUCGUGAAUGGUACGAGAUUUUGAGUGAUUCUCUCUUUAACGAUGAUUUUGGUCUGUUUAUUUCUACAAAGGGUGAGAACAUGGGUUACUGGAUUAACCCGGCCUCGGCUUCGAAGGUGCCCAAUCAUCUGGAGUAUUACGAGUUUAUCGGGCGGUUGCUUGCAAAGGCACUGAUUGAAGGAUACAACAUGAAAAUGUCACUUGCAUUACCGCUUAUCAAGCACAUUCUUGGAGUACCGAUUUCGUUCUCGGAUCUCGAGUUUUUGGAUGAAGAUUUGUACAAGAAUGCAAUGUGGAUGAAGCAGAAUAACAACGCUGAUCUACUUGCAAUUGACUUUACAGUACAGGUAAUUACGUCUGAGGGAAAGUCAAAGACAGUUGAAUUAGUACCUGGUGGUGCUGACCGGGAUGUGACAGAUGACAAUAAGAAGGAGUACUUGGAGCUUCUACUGAAACACUACAUGUUUGAGAGUAUUUCAGAGCAACUGGGUGCACUACUUAUGGGUUUUUACGACGUCAUGCCGCAAUUCCUUAUUACAGUGUUUGACUACCAGGAGUUUGAUCUUUUGCUAUCUGGUGUACCGGAGCUGGAUGUGAAUGAUUGGCAUGCUCACAGUGAGGUGCGGUGGGUCAAGCUUGAGAAGCCGUCCCCUGUCGAGCAUCGCGUGCUUAAAUGGUUUUGGGAGUGUAUGGCUGAAUUUACUAGUGAGGAACGUGCGCGUUUGCUACAGUUUGCUACUGGCACUUCGCGCGUCCCUGUACAGGGCUUUAAGGCACUUACGAGUAGUGAUGGUCGAGUCCGACGAUUUACCAUUCAGUUUGUACAGCGUGGUGCCCCGCCAACUGGUCUAAUGCCCAAGGGCCACACAUGUUUCAAUCGGAUUGAUCUGCCGCUCUAUCAUACAAAGGAAGAGAUGGUUAAUUAUCUGACACUUGUAAUGAACAUGGAGAUCUCAGGCUUUUGGAUGGAGUAA